GAAAUAAGAAACCAGUGAAUUUAUAUUUUAGUACGCAACGUGUUGUGUUCGUGUGUGCAGUGAAACGCUGUUGUACGGACUCAUUAAUUUAGUUGACUUGGCCGAGAUAGACAUACUUUUUUUAAACAGUUUCAAUCAUUUUACUAAAUAUAAGUUCCAAGAUCGUUUUUGUUUGAAUCGAAUAAAAGAUAAAAUAACGUACAUCUAAUUUCAAGAGGAUUCCAUUAUUUGUAUAAUAUUUAAUUCUGAGUCAAUUUUAAUAAACCCACAAAUUUCUGUAAUCUGGUAUGGAUAAAUCUGAGAUACUCAAUGGGAUUGUCAACACCACCAUUUUACACUCUGAUUAUAAACAAACUAAUGGAUAUUCAAAAAACGUUAUAACAAAUGGUACUCAUGAAAAAAAAAAUGUUGAAUCUACCGUUACAAAUGACUUGUAUUCCAAUAAAAGUGCCAACACUUAUCAUAACUUCUCCAGGAGCCGGUGUGAUUCCAUCACUUUAGAUGAUGACAAAGAGUCCAAAAUUUUGGUCAUUUACACGGGUGGCACUAUAGGAAUGAUGCGAAACAAUGACGACGUAUUAGUCCCUACACCAAAUAGUUUUGAAAGAAAAAUCAAACAAGAUCCCCAUUUGUAUGAUGCUGCAUAUGCUCAAAAGAAAUAUGGACCAGCCAUGAAUUCUAGCCCACUUGUUUUACCAAAGGUUAAAGGAUUCCGAAGAAUUAUUUACUCAAUAUAUCAAUAUAAUGAACUUCUAGAUUCUAGCAAUAUGAGUAUAAAAGACUGGAAACAAAUAGCUGAAGAUAUAUGGCAAGCAUAUGAACUGUAUGAUGGAUUUGUCGUUUUACAUGGCACUGAUACAUUGGCUUACACUGCAUCUGCAUUAUCAUUUAUGUUUGAAAAUCUUGGAAAAACUGUUAUAAUUACUGGAGCACAACUUCCAGUGUUUGACUUAAGGACUGAUGGAAAUGAUAAUUUUGUCAAUAGUUUACUUAUAGCUGGCAACUAUAAUAUACCAGAAGUAACAAUAUUUUUCCACAACAAGCUUUUGAGAGGGAAUAGGACUGUAAAAAUAGACAGUGAAAAUUUUGAUGCUUUUGAUUCACCAAAUGUACCUCCUUUAGCUAUUGCAGGCAUUGAAAUAAAUGUAUCAUUUAGACAGAUAUACAGACCUAAAACUAUAGAGAAAUUUUCUGUUCAUUUGUCUUUGAAUGAACAUGUUAGUUUAUUGAGAAUAUUUCCAAACAUAACCGCUGACACUGUUAGAACGUUUUUACAACCACCAAUUGAAGGUGUAGUUUUACAAACUUACGGGGCCGGUAAUUUACCAUGUAAUAGAGAAGAUAUUAUGGCUGAAGUAAAGAAAGCCACUGAUAGAGGAGUAAUGAUUUUAAAUUGUAGUCAAUGUAGCAAGGGUUCAGUAAACAGUGUUUAUCAAACUGGACAUAUAUUAAAUCAAGUUGGUGUAAUAUCUGGAAAUGAUAUUACCCCUGAAGCCGCAUUAGCUAAACUUUCUUAUGUUUUAUCCAAAGAUGAUUGGGAUUUCAACACAAAGAGAAUGAUGCUUGGCAGGAAUUUAAGAGGUGAAAUGGGCGGAGGAAAAUCUGAGCAGCCAAAUACUUUAGCUGAAUGGGAUCUAGUUGAUGCAGUUGCUCGUACUCUUCAUGUUUCCAGCCCUCACGAGUUAAAUGUGUUAGGCGCUGUUUUAUUCCCUGCUAUGUUAAGUAAUGCUAUUGUUCGUUCAGACUUAACAAAGCUAGAUGAAUUGAAAGGAUUUGGAGCUGAUUUUUCUGCUCAAAAUUCUGAUGGUCGUACAGGUUUACAUUUGGCAUGUGCUUUAGGUAAUCUAAAAGUUGUUCGUUAUCUGUUAUUAAAUGGAUCUAGUGUACAUAUUAAAGAUAGGUUUGACCGAACGCCUAUUAUUGAUGCUGUGGAAAAUGACCAUAUUGAAGUUAUUAAAUUAUUACGAAGAUGUGGUGCUCAUUUAAACAGCCAUCCAAAAUAUAUUGGUCAGCAAUUAUGCAAUGCUGCUGCAAAAGGGAAUAUUAAUAGAUUAGAAUCUUAUGCUACAGCUGGAGCUGAUAUAGCUACUUUAUCUGAUAUUAAUGGUCGAACAGCAUUACAUACAGCAGCACUAUUGAACCAUGAAGAUGUUAUUGAUUACUUAAUAGAUAAUCAGUUUGCUGAUGGAGAAAUAUUAGAUUUAAUGUCAGUGAGUCCGAUAGAAAUAGCUAGGCGAAAAGGACAUACAAACAUUCUAGAAAAAUUAAUGAACUUAUCAAAGUAUAUAAAUAAAUGAAUUGUACCAAUUGCGUUUUUUCUUUAUAAAUUACCUAUGACUAAUUAUUAGGUACAUGUUUUGUAAGACAUGAUAAAGGCUAGUGUUUUUGACAUUAUAAAUUUAUAAUAUUUUGUAUUAUUUAUAAUUUUAUUUGGGUUAAUUAUAAAAACAAUGUUUAAGUAUUGCAUUAAAUUAUAAAAAUAUAAUAAUUUUUCUGAACUAUUGUUAAAAUAUUGAAGUAAUCAGUCAAAACAAAUAUGUAUAGUUUAUUUAUUAAUAAUAUAUUAAAGUACUACUAUGUAUGGAACACAUACUGUAAAAAUAAUUACAUUAAAAAUAAAAUAUAAAAUUUUAUAAUUCUCAAAAUAUUUUUUUUUUUUAAUUUUUUUUUUAUAUUUUUUCUUUGUAAUUUUUAAAUACCAUAUUAAUGUACUUAAAAAAAAUAAAAGAAGAAAAAUGUAAUUUUAACA